CCUCCUCCUCCUCCUCCUCCUCCUCCAUCCGCCGCCAUCGCCGCCCGCCGCCGCCGCCCGCCCCGCGCCGCCCGCCCCGCCCGCGCCGCCCGCUCCGCCCGACCCGCCGCGGCCGCUAUCGCCAGCACAACAUGGCAGGAGCUGGAGGAGGAAAUGACAUUCAGUGGUGUUUUUCUCAGGUGAAAGGCGCUGUAGAUGAUGAUGUAGCAGAAGCGGAUAUAAUUUCUACAGUAGAAUUUAACCAUUCUGGAGAGUUGUUAGCAACAGGAGACAAGGGAGGGAGAGUUGUCAUCUUUCAACAGGAGCAGGAGAACAAAACCCAGUCUCACAGUAGGGGAGAAUACAAUGUUUACAGUACCUUUCAAAGCCAUGAACCAGAGUUUGACUACUUGAAAAGUUUAGAAAUUGAAGAGAAGAUCAACAAAAUUAGGUGGUUACCCCAGAAAAAUGCUGCUCAGUUUUUAUUGUCUACAAAUGAUAAAACAAUAAAGUUAUGGAAAAUCAGUGAAAGGGACAAAAGACCCGAGGGUUAUAAUUUAAAGGAGGAGGAUGGACGGUAUAGGGAUCCUACUACAGUUACAACACUACGGGUGCCAGUGUUCAGGCCUAUGGACCUCAUGGUGGAAGCCAGCCCACGAAGGAUAUUUGCCAAUGCCCACACGUAUCACAUCAAUUCCAUCUCCAUCAAUAGUGACUAUGAAACUUACCUGUCUGCAGAUGACCUGCGGAUCAACCUGUGGCACCUAGAAAUCACAGACAGAAGUUUUAAUAUUGUAGAUAUCAAGCCUGCCAACAUGGAGGAGCUGACAGAGGUGAUCACAGCUGCAGAGUUCCACCCCAACAGCUGCAGCACGUUUGUCUACAGCAGCAGUAAAGGCACAAUUCGCCUGUGUGACAUGAGGGCAUCAGCCCUCUGUGACAGACAUUCAAAGUUGUUUGAAGAACCAGAAGAUCCUAGCAACAGAUCAUUUUUCUCUGAAAUAAUCUCUUCCAUAUCUGAUGUCAAAUUUAGCCACAGUGGUCGAUAUAUGAUGACUAGAGAUUAUCUGUCAGUGAAGAUCUGGGAUUUAAAUAUGGAAAAUAGACCUGUGGAAACAUACCAGGUGCAUGAAUACCUCAGAAGUAAACUCUGCUCACUGUAUGAGAACGAUUGCAUUUUUGACAAGUUUGAAUGCUGUUGGAAUGGAUCAGACAGCAUUGUCAUGACAGGGUCUUACAACAACUUCUUCAGGAUGUUUGACAGAAACACCAAGCGAGACAUCACCUUGGAGGCGUCCCGGGAGAACAACAAGCCCCGCACGGUGCUGAAGCCGCGCAAGGUGUGCGCCAGCGGCAAGAGGAAGAAGGACGAGAUCAGUGUCGACAGCUUAGACUUCAACAAGAAGAUCCUGCAUACAGCCUGGCACCCCAAGGAGAACAUCAUUGCUGUAGCUACCACAAACAACUUGUAUAUAUUUCAAGACAAGAUGAAUUAGGGUUGGCAUUCCUAACUGAAGAGUCACUUCCUGCAUAGUUGAAAUAGUUGAAUCUAGCAUUUGUACCUGUAACAAAAGCAAGUGAGAGGUCCAUUAUGGCACCCCUUUCCAGUGUUUAAAAAUGUGCCAUAUGACAACACACUUUUAUAGCUCCAUGGAGAAGGCUCUGUGGCUCUGUUGUCUCCGUAUCUGCUAGCCAUUUAGGUGAGGAUAGGGCACUUUUUAAUUUAAAUGACUACUUGCACCAUCUUGCCUAAUGGACUAGACUGGACUGUCUCAACAUCGGUUUACUCCACUUUUUAUGCCUUCCAUUGUGAUGACGUCAGACACAGGGAAAGCCUUCAGUCAUGCUAUGGGAUUUAAUUGUGUAACCUCAUUACUGUAUCAUUCGUGGCCCCCUUUUUUUAUUAAAUACAGCUCAUUCUUGCUGUGGCUUGUAGCAUUCCUCCUUCUGGCCUCCUGGACUCCCCCUUCUCCCUUCAUCCCCCCUCCACCUUGCCUCGGUGGUGGUGUAUGGAAAAAAAAAUAAAAUAAAGCACAUAAAAUGGGUCCGUUUGGGGUCAGUGGUAAAGGGGGUCUGUGUUGCAACAAAUGUUUUAAUAAACAGUUGACUGUAAUCACUCCUUGCCAUGUCUGGCACCAAAAAAGAGAAAAUAAGGAAAAAAAACAAACUACUGAAUAAAAGUGACAAAGAAUGGAGAAUCUGUUUUCUUUUUUUUUUUUUAAAUCUACCUCUUUAUACAAAUACUCUGUGUUUUACCUUAGAUGCAUGAAAAUAAAAUUAUGUUUUUUGUAA